GACUGGGAAAGCUGGGAAUUCAGAGAUCGCAGAAAGACACUGAGAAGUUUACUAGACAUCUCUCUCGGCUUCGCUGACCACACAAGAAAACCACAGCAAUGGAGAACGCAGCAGCCGCAGACGGAAAGAAGGGACCCCCCAAGUUCAAGCAGAGGGCGGCCCGCGUCUUCAAGAGCAAGGCCCCCAAGCCUGGCCAGAAGGGAUUUGGAGAUGACAUCCCGGGAAUGGAGGGACUUGGAACAGACUUCACAGUGGUCUGCCCAUGGGAGGCGUUUGGCGACAUGGAGCUCAGUGACCUGGCUAAAUACGGAAUUGUGUAGUCCCCCUCCUUCCCUCGAUCCCUUCCUUCGUCUCCAUGCCUACAGUACCUCUUCUCCAGUGAGGCCCACACUGCCUUGCUGUCCAUCACAUUGCGCUGCUACUCAGGACUGGUUUAGUCAUUAGCUUACAUGGCCACUGACGAGAGCAAAUGUGAAUUAGAAGUGUUCGCAUCCAAGCAAGGCAAGCUCUGUAGAAGUUCUUGAGCUUUACAUAGUAAAGCGACACCAUCCCUCACCAUCCCUGUCCAUGGAAAAAAAAAAUGACCUCGAAGAAUAUUGUGAUUCCAAUGGGAAAGGACCUUCAUGUUCCACCUAGUGAUCAUGAUGGGGCACUAAAAGCUUUUCCUUUUCGGCAUGGCACUGCACUGGUGCUACCUUGUUUGUUGAGGUGUUGAGAACGCAAAGGAGUAACCCCCCCCCCCUCCCUUUGGCCUUUUCCACCCUCACCUUCUCUCCUUAAAAAGUAUUUAUAUAACAUGAUGUAUAUGAUCUGUGUGUGCACUGAGAUACUUUAUUUUUAUGAAUGAUUGUAUGUCAAGAAUGUGCAAUACCUCCCCUUAAACACUGAGUGUUCAUAUAGAGUCCUGUAGACUACGGAGCAGAUAACCCAGGUGUAAAACACUGAAUAAAAAACA